AAGUAUUAUAAAUAGAGCAUCCUCAAGUGUAUUCUCACAAAAUAUCUUCAUUUCAUCUCACUAGAGAGAGAGCAAAUAUCUUAACAUGGCAGAAAGCCUUCGUAUGGCUGUUGCUGUUAUUGGGAAUGUUGCCUCAGUGUCCCUAUAUGCUGCACCUACUGUUACUUUCAAAAGGGUCAUAAGGAAAAAAAGCACAGAGGAAUUUUCAUGUGUUCCUUAUAUCAUAGCACUAUUGAACUGUCUCCUUUUCACUUGGUAUGGUUUACCUGUUGUAAGCAACAAGUGGGAAAAUUUUCCUCUUGUAACUGUUAAUGGAGUUGGGAUUUUUUUGGAGCUAUCUUAUGUUCUUAUUUAUUUCUGGUAUUCUUCACCCAAAGGAAAGGUGAAGGUAGCUAUGGUAGCAGUACCAGUUCUUGUAGUGUUUUGUGCCAUUGCUCUUGUAUCAGCUUUUGCCUUCCCUGAUCAUCGACACAGAAAGCUACUUGUUGGUAGUUCAGGAUUGGGGGUGUCAAUAGCAAUGUAUGCAUCCCCUUUGGUUGUGAUGAAGAAAGUGAUAAAAACGAAGAGUGUGGAAUUCAUGCCACUACCUUUAUCAUUGUGUUCAUUUUUGGCCAGUCUAUUGUGGCUUAGUUAUGGACUUCUCAUUCGGGAUAUAUUCGUUGCGGGACCAAGUGUGAUUGGAACUCCCUUAGGAAUCCUCCAGCUAGUACUCCACUGCAAGUACUGGAAAAGAAGAGUUGUUGAAGAACCAAACAAAGUGGAUCUUCAUCAUAAGGAAAGCUUAGACAAAUUGGACUUGGAAAAGGGUGGUUUAGAAAAAGGGAACAUGGAAAAGAAUGUGAAUCACCUUAGUAACAACUCGUGAUUGUGUAGGUCCUAUGCAAUCCUUCUUACAAGAUUGUUAGAGUUUUGUUCGUGUUGAAUUCCAAGUUUUAUUAAUGAAUUUUCAUUUAUCGAAAGAAAAAAGUUAAGAUGAAGAUUUUCACUAGUUCUCAUGCAUUCUCAUUUUUAUGUUUUUUUUUAUUAACACCCCCCAUCCCCCCAAAACAAAGCUAUUCAUCACAUAAAUUUGGGUUAGUUCCUUCCUAAUGCAUGUCAUGUUACAUGCUUUUUGCUUAGUAAUAUGUAUCUAGUCUUAUUUAACAUACUAAGCCUCAGAUUUAUAAUUGGUUAUUUCAAAAUUUAGAGUUGGAUUUAUCAUAUUUAUGUACUCACCCAUAAUUAUUAGUUCUUA